CUGGGCAUCUGUAGCCCAUCCUCGAAAGGCCCAUCACAGGCGGCGCCGUCGCGGUCUCACAUAUUACGCGAUUUAUAUAACCCAACCCUUCUGUUCAAAAAAAGCUCGUCGUAAAGCCGAUCAAGCAAAUUGGCCUAGCUUGCGUUUACGUAGAAAUUACGUUUAAACAAGCAAUCAGAUUGAUGCGAACGUUUUUCCUCGCUUCUUCGAUUUGCUACUGGCCGCACCCGCAUGUAAGUAUUACUCGGGACCCUAUCCCUGAGAGCAAAUCUCGGCAAGCCCUUGUAGUAUAAAAUGCGAGCGCUCGUACCAUCGAAGACCAGCUUGCUAUCGUUAGCUUUCUGUGCUUCCUCCGCGUACAUCCUCCCUACUUCCUUCAGUCGCCCUCCACUCCUACAAUGCUCUCCAAAUACUUCGCUCUUUUUGCUGCCUUCGCUGCCUUCACCCCGGCAUUUGCAGCCCCCGUUCCUGAAACCCUAGUCGACGCGGUUGUCGGUAAGUCACGUCCCAUGUGUGUGUGUGUGUGUGUUUCGUCUCUUCAUUGCGUUUUCAUUGUAGCUGUUACCAACGAUGUCAACAACGCGAACGUCAAUGUGCUGACAAAACGUGUCGAUGCAGUGAAUCCCGCAGUCUUCGACGAAGUGAUCAAAAGGCUUGAAUUCACGGAACGAGACAGCGGAUGUGACGUCGCUGAUGUAGACGUUAUUGUCAGCAACGUACUUAACAAUGUUACAAUCAAUAUCUUGAAGCGCAGCGACUGCGAUAUUGUCGGAGUUAGUGCUGCGGCCGUUGAUAUAUUGAACAACCUCAAUGUCAAUGUGCUCACCAAGCGUGAAGUCACAGAUGCAGAGGUCGUAAACGGUAUACCAUUAUUGUGCUCAUUUUGUAUUACCAUUCUGAUAGUUCUUCAUAGCUGUUGAAAACGCAGUGCAAAGUCAGGGUAUUACCUUAGCACAACGCUCUAAUCUCGAUGAUGCCACGGCUGUAAAUGACAUCCUCAAACGGUAC